AUGUCCAAACAUCCUUCAUCAUCUGGUACCAAACCCUCCCAACAUUCAAAGACUCCAUCCAUGGAGUUUGAAGAUGAAGACGUGAUGGACGUCACUCCUAUGUGCAUGAUACCGGGCGACACCACAGGUCCCUCCUCCAAUACUGGAGAUAUGCAAGGUAAUACCUCUGGUAACUCCUCUCUUCCUAAAGACAUGUAUUAUGCUGAUCGUGUAAUAAGGAAACUAGUCACGAGAAUUCUGAGUGAAGGGCACAAAGUUGAAGGGGUUUCUACCCCUCUAUCCAGAAGGGAACCCUCUCCUGAGGGAGAACCCCAUGCUGAUAAAGAUGAUGAUUCAUCUAGAUCAGAAAAGGAGGUUGCUGCUGAAGGGUUUUGCUAUCUAGGUAAAACCCUACCUAGCAAGAAACCAAAUGUGCCUCAAGAAAAGAUUAUUGACCUAGAGGAAGGAAGCACUAAAGGAGAGGAUGAUCCUUUGGUUCAUCUGGUAAAACCUAGUGUAGCUGAAAAGUUGAGAACUAAGAAAGGAAAAAGUGUGGCUAAAAUGAGAGCUGCUAGAGUGAAAAAGACUGCAGGUAUAAGACCCUCAAAACCCUGGAGCAAGGUUGAGGUUGGGAAAAGAAAAGAAAGAGACAGCUCUGAUUCUGAGGAGGAUGUUAAAGACGAUGUCCCAGACAUCUCUCCUGCAAAAAGGCAGGUUGUUCAGGAAUCUCCUGGCAAGGCUGUUGCUGUCCAUCUAGACAAUAUCUCCUUUCAUUUGGAAGAUGGAGCAGCAAAGUGGAAAUAUGUCAUUCAGAGAAGAGUAGCCAUUGAAAGAGAACUUGGACAAGAAGCUGUAGAGGUAAAGGAGGUAAUUGAGCUGAUCAAAAAUGUUGGACUCAUGAAGACUGUGGUAACUCUACCCCAAUGCUAUGAGGGGUUGGUUAAAGAGUUUAUUGUUAAUAUCCCUGAGGAUAUUCAUGAUAAGAAUAACAGGGAGUUUUGCAAGACCUGCAAAGAAUUGGACAAUGGUAUAAGGGUGGCCAAAGCUAGAAAAGAAGCUUUAGAAGUUCUCAUCUGUAGCCUGGAAAGAGAAGACAUAGAGAAGGCUGGUAAGGAUUCAAAUGCAAGACCUAAAUCCCAAUCCAGUGGCAGCUCUGGAAGUUUAGAAGACUCUGAAGGUGCAGGUGAAGAUACAAGUGAAGGUGAAGAUGAUUCUUCUUCUUCUGAUUAA